GAAUGACUUCAUCCUUAAUCCUUAAGCGGAGGCUAAAAAGGCUUUAUUUGCCUUGAAUCCCAACUAAUUCUCCCUCUCAUGCCCAUUUCAAUCUCUUGCCUAAUUGUUAAUUAAUGGGUCAAAUUUCGCAUUGAAUUUCAAUUUUGGAUCAAUCCUAUGAUUAUCUCAAUUAGGGGUCAAAAUUAAUGGUUGACGUAGGAGCAAGUGGAAGACACAAUUUUGGUGUAGCAAUUGGAGCUUCAUCAUCAACAACAUGAGAUUUAAUCCCGUGGUUGCAGUUAAAUGGUGUAGAAGAAGUAGUCAACACAACCCAAGGUGAAGAAGAGGGAGACAAGAGAAGUGGUUGAGGUUGUGGCUCUAUUUGCCUAUGGCAGCCUUCACCUCUUCUCUCUCGCUCCCUCUCCGUUUCAAUCCCUUAUCCCCUUCCUCUCCCCGCCAUUUUUCUUCUUCUCUUCUUCUUCCCUCCACCAAUUUCACCUCCCGAUUCUCUGCCCUAACCAUCUCUUCCUCCUCCUUGCACUCCGCCUCCGACAAUUUCGAUCAUGCCAAAAGCUCCCCUUUUUCAUCUAAGAAAUCAGUUCUUUCAUCUUUGAUACAAGAGAUAGAGCCGUUAGAUGUAAGCUUAAUUCAAAAAGAUGUUCCACCUACUACUGUGGACGCUAUGAAAAGGACUAUCUCAGGCAUGCUGGGCUUACUUCCAUCCGACCAAUUUCAAGUUUUAGUUGAGGCUUUAUGGGAACCAGUAUCUAAGUUAUUAGUUUCUUCAAUAAUGACGGGGUACACAUUGCGUAAUGCUGAAUACAGACUCUGCCUUGAAAGAAAUCUUGACUUUGAUGAUGGAAAUAAUGACAAACAAACGAAUGAUAAUAGUCGGAUUGAUUUACAUGAAAUGUUGCUUGAUGGUGCAAAUAUAGGUAAAAUUUUAGAUGAAAACGAGUCUUCUUCCAAAUGCGAGGAAUUGUUGGACAGUUCAUCCGACAACAUCAAUAUCCAAGGCAUCGGUGAAAUUUCUCCUGAAGUUCAACAGCAUAUCCGUCAUUUACAGUUUCAAUUAUCUUCAAUUAAAAAGGAACUCCAUGAGGUAAAGAGGAAAAGUGCAGCUCUUCAGAUGCAACAGUUUGUUGGCGAGGAGAAAAACGAUCUGUUGGACUAUCUGAGAUCAUUACAGCCAGAAAAGGUGGCUGAGUUGUCUGAACCUACAUCCCCUGAUUUAAAAGAAGCCAUACAUUCUGUUGUCCAUGGACUUCUCGCAACCCUUUCCCCAAAGAUUCAUUCCAAAGUUCCUUCUCAAUCAGAAAAUAUUGGAACAAGCACAACAAAUAUUGGUAAUGAAGACUGUGCAGAACUUGUUGAGAAUACUUCCCUCCAAUUCCAGCCUCUCUUAACUUUAACUCGAGACUAUCUGGCUCGUCUACUUUUCUGGUGCAUGCUGUUGGGGCAUUAUCUAAGAGGCCUGGAAUACAGAAUGGAGUUGAUGAAUCUUCUUUCCCUUUCAAGCAAUGUUGAAAAUGCAGCAGGUGGUGGAGGUGACCAAUAAAUCAUCUUUGAAUUAUAACUUCUCUUCAACAUUAUUGGUUUUGGGUGGCAGUGGCAGAGAAUUAAAGAUCUGUUUGAUAUCUCUUCUGGAAGUAUAUAUACAGCUUUCGAGUAAAGGUAACUACUUUUUUCCUUUUUUUUUUUUUUUUUUUUUUUGGUGUGGUUAUUUUAUUUUACCUCUGUUUUCAUUUUUUUGCAUUUUGUUUGGCACCUCAAAAAUAUUGUAAAGUACAAAUAUUUACUGUCAAAUUGUAGUAGUUGGUAGUGACUCAGUAGAAGAAGUCUAAUUGGUUAAAGGUCUUUUUUGUUUUUAA